AUGGAGUCAAAUAAAGAUAAUGAGUCAAAGUUAAAAGAAAUAGAAAUCCAGUCAGACUUACAUCAAAGAAGAGAGGAAGCAAUCCAAGCUAACAUGAAACAGGAAAUAGACGAGGCUAAAACACAAAACCAGAAGCUAGUAUUAUCGUUUGAUCUUCAGCAGGCACUUCCAAUCCCUGACCUAAAUGUAGGAAAAGCUUUUUAUUUAAGAAAAGCUUGGUUGUAUAAUCUUGCAACUGCAACACAGAAGUGCAAAGAUGUAUAUUCUGCAAAUGAUGAUUCUGAUAAUGACCCCGAAACAUUUUCUGACCUAGAAAAUCAAGCCUUCGAGGACGAGCCUUCCCAAGAUGAACUGGUUGAUGACGACUCUGAGAACAGUGUGUGUGAAGCAACAGACGUUGUGAAAAACAGCAACAGUGUCGCCGGAGAAGUAAAAUGCGGUGGUUAUGUUGUUGUGAACUUCAAGAAGUUUGUAGCUAAAAUAAUUUCUCCAGAAGGAACCGACUACACAUGCAAAUUUUUACGACCAAGUCUCAAAAUAAAAAACAGCUAUGUAUAUCUAGUUAACGAUGAUAUUUGA